UAUUCUCCAUAUGGCAAAACCCCUUCUUUAUUUCCUUGAUGUACCGUGCUGCCUCUCACCUCCAAGAAUUUGUACUGAGAUUCCAGAACACUCUUCCUGCCUCUUUCUUGAUUCAAUCCUACCCUUUAGGAUUCAGCUUCAAUCAUGUCCUGUAUAAGGACCCCCAAGUCAAGGCUGGAUUCUCUUCCUAUGUAUUCCCCCUUUGCCCAGUGUUUCCCACCAUAACAGCAGUUGUAUUCUGUCAUAAUACUCUGUUUACAUUCCUCUGCCCUCCCCUACCCUUAAGUUUCCUGAGAGCAGAGACCGUGUUAAUCGGGUUCACCAUUUCUAUCUCUAGCAUCAGUCAGGCAAAGUGUCAGGGACACCACAGUCACCCAAUUAAAUUUCUGAUAAUUCGGUAUUUUAAAUACAGGUCUUGAAGUUAAGUGCUAAGCCAUCUAACACAGAAAUUAAAAAUAUAUAACCUUAGAAGGUAAUGUAGCUAGUGUUUUAAAAUUGAUCUUAUUGUCUCUGAAUAUAAAAUAAGAGGUUGAAGAUGUUUGGAGCAAGGGCAGCAGCAACCUUGAUGAAUGCCUUGAACUUCAGUAAUCCUUUCCUAGUAACUACUGUCAAGGUCACAUUCGUUUACACCAUUCUUACUAAUUCUGAGAGAAAGACUCCUGACUUGAAAGAGCUACUUCUAAGCUAUCUUAGAAAUGUAAGAUUCUUCAAAGAAACUUGAAAUCACAAAGCAACCUAAACAAAUUCCCGGAACUUGGAUUUGCCUGAUAGGGUGCAGAUAUUACUUAGGCCUCUGAGCGUCGCUGUUGACCACCCAAGAAGUAAAAGCCUGCAACACCUCCGAUCCUACACUACCGCGGCCACAACAAAAGGGCUGGGCAUUUCACCGCAAGCUUCCGCGUGGCUAGGAAAUUCAGUCCCCAGCCCACUAGUUCUCUCCACAGUGAGCUGGACCCCGUGAAUGCUGGUCACCCCAGACCCUGAGGAAUAAAGAUCCCGCACUGUAUGCUGGAAGUUGCCUCGGAGAAAAGACUGCGACAGAAGGAAUGGCGGUUCUGCAAAAAUUGCCACAACGCGGAAAACUGGUCCUGCUGUAUCUCCUUUCGGCGGCUCUGUGGGAGGCUGGAGUUGGGCAGCUGCGUUACUCUGUGUUAGAAGAGAUCGACAAAGGCUCCUUCGUGGGCAGCAUCGCCAAGGACUUGGGUUUGGAACCCCUGGUACUGGUGGAACGCGGCGUUCGCGUCGUCUCCAGAGGUAGGACGCAGCUCUUUGCUCUCAAUCCCCGGAGCGGCAGCUUGGUCACGGCGGGCAGGGUAGACCGGGAGGAGCUCUGCGCUCAGAGUGCGCGGUGUCUGGUGAACUUUAACAUUCUUUUGGAAGAUAAAUUGACUAUAUAUUCAGUAGAAGUGGAAAUAACAGAUAUUAAUGAUAAUGCCCCUCGGUUUGGAGUAGAGGAACUGGAGCUAAAAAUCAGUGAAACAACUACGCCGGGAUUUCGGAUUCCUCUGAAGAGUGCUCAUGAUGCGGACGUAGGAGAGAACACUCUCCAGAAGUAUGAACUUAACCCAAAUGACCUCUUCUCCCUGGAUGUGCGAAGCGGGACGGAUGGGAACAAGUAUCCAGAGCUGGUGCUGGAGCGCUACCUCGACCGCGAGGAAGAGGCUGUUCACCACCUCAUUCUCGUGGCUUUGGACGGGGGUGACCCAGUCCGAUCUGGCACCUCCCGCAUCCGCGUAAUGGUCCUGGAUGUGAACGACAACGCACCCGUUUUUACACAGCCUGAAUACCACGUAAGUGUUCCAGAGAAUAUUCCCGUAGGCACCCGGAUACUCACAGUGACCGCCACUGAUGCAGAUGAGGGAUACAAUGCUCAAGUGGCAUAUUUUCAAGAGAAAAACCCUGGGAAACCCUCAGAGAUAUUUGAGCUCGAGUCAGCAUCUGGAGAUAUAGCAAUCAUAAAAAGUCUAGAUUAUGAGGAUGCCAAAUUCCAUGAAAUUGAUAUUGAAGCUCAGGAUGGUCCAGGCCUUCUGACAAGAACGAAGGUUAUUGUCACAGUUCUGGAUGUGAAUGACAAUGCCCCAGAAUUUUACAUGACCACUGCUACUAGCUCAGUCUCCGAAGACUCUCCUCCAGGAACCAUAAUUGCACUUUUCAACGUACAUGAUAGAGACUCUGGUCAGAAUGCAUUUAUCACAUGUUCACUCCCAGAGGACAUUCCUUUCAAGUUAGAAAGGUCAGUGGACAAUUACCACCGACUAGUUACAACCAGAGCCCUUGACAGGGAGCAGUUUUCCUCUUACAACAUCACUGUGACUGCUAAAGAUGGAGGGAACCCGUCUCUGUCCACAGAUGCUCACAUUUUGCUGCAAGUGGCAGACAUCAAUGACAACCCGCCCACCUUUUUUCACUCCUCCUACUCUGCCUACAUUCCUGAAAACAACCCCAGAGGAGCCUCCAUCAUCUCUGUGAAGGCCCACGACCCUGACAGCGACCACAACGCCCACGUAACUUACUCCUUGACUGAGUACACCCUUCAGGGGGCACCCCUGUCGUCCUACAUCUCCAUCAACUCUGACACCGGUGUUCUAUACGCGCUGCGCUCCUUUGACUAUGAGCAAUUUCAAGAACUUCAAUUGUGGGUGACAGCACAGGACAGCGGGAACCCACCUCUUGGUAGCAAUGUGUCUCUGAGCCUAUUUGUUCUGGAUCAAAAUGACAACACACCGGAGAUCCUGUACCCCGCCCUCCCCACAGACGGUUCCACUGGUGUGGAGCUGGCACCUCGCUCUGCAGAACCCGGCUACCUAGUGACCAAGGUGGUGGCUGUGGACAGAGACUCAGGCCAGAACGCCUGGCUGUCCUACCGCCUGCUCAAGGCCAGCGAGCCAGGGCUCUUUGUGGUGGGGCUGCACACGGGGGAGGUGCGCACUGCGCGUGCCCUGCUGGACAGAGAUGCACUCAAGCAGAGUCUGGUGGUGGCUGUUCAGGAUCAUGGACAGCCCCCUCUCUCGGCCACUGUCACCCUCACCGUGGCCGUGGCUGACAGCAUCCCAGAUGUCCUGGCCGACCUGGGCAAUCUGGAGCCCUCCACCCAUCCUGAUGACUCCAGCCUCACGCUGUACCUAGUGGUGGCAGUGACCGCAGUCUCCUGCGUCUUCCUCGCCUUUGUCAUCGUGCUGCUGGCACUCAGGCUCAGGCGCUGGCACACAUCACGUCUGCUCCAGGCUUCGGGAGAGGGUUUGGCAAGUGUGCCCACCUCACACUUUGUGGGCGUGGACGGGGUGCGGGCGUUCCUGCAGACCUAUUCCCACGAGGUCUCCCUCACUGCGGACUCUCGGAAGAGUCACCUGAUCUUCCCGCAGCCCAACUAUGCAGACACGCUCAUCAGCCAGGACAGCUGCGAGAAAAAUGAUCUUCUGUCAGCACCUCAGUCUUUACUUGAAGACAAAGGAGAAGAAGCAAUUCCUCAGGUAAACUCUCUCCACGAUAUAUGUAUAAGCUAUCGUUAAAAUAAAUAAAAUUACUUAUUUACUUAGCUUUCUCCACUGUUUACCAUCUCUCUUCUAUUUCCCAUAUUUCCUUGAGAAUAUAUUCAAUUUUUAGAAAAUGAGUCCUGAUGAAUUACUUCUCACUACUUCCAAGUGUUCACACAUUGUAAAGAGGAAGAAGGGCCAGAAUCAUGGUGUCAUAAGUAUAAAUCAGGAGUUAGUAGGUGAAGAUGGUCUUUAAGAACUCAAAAGAGCAUUGGAACUGGGAUAUCUCACUUCUUAUACUUUACUUCCCAUCCUUAUGUGACUCACCUCAUCUACCUGAAUCAACAAUUCCUUCUCUCUUAAAAAUACAAAGGUUGUUUUCUCAAGUGCUUUAAAAUUUAAGAGUUUUCUAUUUUAUAUUUGGUUUUGUUUAUGAAUAAUGAAACACUCGAUUUGGUUAUUUUCUGCUCACUCAAUCUUAUUUUUCCUUAGCUUGGCAGUGAGAUUCUUCAUUUUACUUGACUUGUAUGGCCUUUCUCAUUUAAAAGAUUGAAAUUUGCC